CGUGCCUGCCCCAUUGCCAGCAGUAGAAGAGCGCAGAGCGCCGCGUACGCCUGUUCCGGGGCACCGCCACCCACCCCGCAGCGCAGCGACGUGGAGGAUGCAGCCGGCAGGCGGCACCCGCCACGGAACGCUCCGUCUUUAAAGCACCUGAGUAGGCUCCCGCGGCGCUGAUACAAUGAGGCUGCCCCUGGCUCCGUUAACCCUGGCCUUGCUAACACUGGCCGCUCCGGGAGCCGCCGCCGGCGGGGCAGGCAGGAAGGCGGAGGAGAUGGCACAGUCGGGCAGGUUCUUAACGCCGGAGCAGCACCGCUGCAGCUGGGAGCUUCACUCAGCGGCGGGAACCAGCGAGCUACGGUUGAGAUGCCGACCGCCAAUGGGCGGCGGGGCGGCGCGGAGCUGCGCUUACCAUGGGGAGCCGCAGCGCUGCCCCGCCUAUGGCACCCGAAGCAGGCAGUACUGGCGGCAGAUCCUGGGCCGGCUGCGGCGACGGCGACAUCCUUGCGCCGCGGGCGGCCCGCUCAGCGCCCGCCUCUGCGGCCCGGGCCGAGGGCCGCCCGAGGCGCAGCUCCGCCUGCUGCCAGGUCCCGGCCUCGGGACCUCACCACCGGCCGCCACCGCGGAGCCCACGGCGGACCCAGCGGAGACCUAUUGUGCCGACCGGUGGCACUCUCUCUGUAGUUUCUUCGUCGGCUUCUGGGAGGGUUGAGCCGGCCCGGCCCGCCAGGAGGGAGCGCGGCCUCAUCUGUCUCUGGCCACGGCUUAGCCGUACCGUUCCGUCCGCUCAGUUUUGACUGGCCGCACCCACCUGCCAUCAGUGACUCUCUACUUUGUCUGCUUUCCCUUUUACCUCUCCAAUAAAGUGGUGGCUAUUUUAUGACAAAACACUCACGUAAUUA